AUGGAAUCGGAACACAAAAAGAUAAGGAAAAUUACAAAAAUUGAGCUAUUGCGUUGGAAAAUUUCAUUAUUUUUAUACCAACAAAUUCUACAAGAAUAUAAGAUUUUGAGAACUAAUAAAUUAUGA